GUCAGCCGCAGCUCCCCCUCUCUGCCCCCGAACGAUCCGCAGUUCUCCGCUCACACACUCUCCGUCUGGCCCGAGACCGAGCUUCCUGACCCGGGAUACGAAGCAGAGGCCGUCCGGGAGGAUUCGUCCAGCGGUUCAUCGUUCGUUUCAUCGUUUUUCCUAGUUUUCCUCCGGAGGCAGCGGGAGCAGCGAGCGACAGCAUGGGGGCUUAUGAAGAGAAAAAGGAAACAUGUGGAACCAUCUGCCUCAAGUACCUUCUGUUCACAUUCAACUUUCUCUUUUGGCUGGCAGGGGGCGUCGUGAUGGCGGUGGGUGUUUGGACUCUGGUGGAGAAGAGCGACUACAUCAGCCUCCUCUCCUCCAAGACCUACGAAGCCUCCGCCUACAUACUGAUCCUGGCUGGAGCUAUCGUCAUGGUAACAGGCGUGCUGGGCUGCUGUGCCACCUUCAAGGAGCAGAGAAGGCUACUGCGAGUGUACUUCGUCCUGUUGCUGUGCAUCUUCCUGCUGGAGAUCCUGGCCGGCGUGUUGGCUUACAUCUACUACCAGCAGUUGAAUGAGGAGCUGAAGCAGAACCUGAGGGAGAAGAUGAUUCAGAAGUAUCAGCAGAGCACCCAUGAACACAUCACCGGGGCGGUGGACAAGCUGCAGCAGGAGUUCAAAUGCUGCGGCAGCAACAGCUCGUCCGACUGGGCCGAGAGCAUCUGGAUCCGCUCCAGCGAGGCAAAUGGCAGGAAGGUUCCUGACAGCUGCUGUAAGACGCCCAGCGAGUUCUGCGGCAUGAGAGACCACCCGUCCAACAUCUACAAGGUGGAGGGCGGCUGCAUCACCAAACUGGAGACGUUCAUCCUGGACCACCUGAAGAUCAUUGGGGCGGUGGGUGUGGGGAUCGCCUGCGUUCAGAUCGUCGGCAUGGUGUUUACGUGCUGCCUAUACCGGAGUCUGAAGGCAGAGCCGUACUAAAGACGAGAGGUGUGUGUGUCUGUGUGUGUGUCUGUGUGUGUGUGUGGGUGAGAGAGGUAACUUCAUCAUACUCAAAUAGCCCAUAGGUUCUUUUCUUUUGCCUCGCACAUCGAGGAAGAGAAAUCUGGCGAGGGAUCAAGCUGCUCAUCUGAGGAUCUCGUUCUGGUAAACACAGGGUGGAAAAACACGACCCGCUCUCUGGCGGUAAUGAGACGCUGCACUGCAGCCUCAGCUACAUCUCCCCGAUCACGGCGCUGUGAGGACGGGGCCUCCCGGGACACACCGGCGGAGAAUUUUAACACCGGUUGUGUAAUUUAGCGCGGGACGGCCCUCCUCGGGACCCACACGCUGUAGUUUCUUUCCACUCCGAUUCCCUCAAUGUACUUUUAUACGUGUGGAGCCGACGCUCCACCUGAGAGUUAAGACCAGCCGAGUCAGAGCGACACUAGGCGGGAAGCGUCGGGCGUCCCUUAACAAGCUGGCCUGAGGGAGAUCCGGUUCCACAUCAACCCGACACGGCUGCGGGUCGAUCCAAGCCUUAAAACCACCUUUUAAACUUUCGACCUCUUCACUCUUCAACGGUGAUCUUUUGUUUUGUAUUCUAACACUAAAGGUGCUUUCUUAUCAGCCCUUAUUUUUGGCCUUUUCUGCUGUAAUGACACACCAUCAUAUUUCCAAGCAGGUAUGUUCAACGUCUGGCUCGUGGCCCAAACAUGACAGCAGGUCAGAUUUUUACACCGCCUUCACUCUUCCAAGAAAAUGAUUUUUUUACACAAACUCAAUGAAUUAUGCGACCUGUGUUUACAGUAACAUCAUGUAGCCAUUUAUGUAAUAAUCAAGCUAUGCUUUUCUUCUUUCACGAUUGGCGAGCUCACAAUUCAAACUGUUGACUUAUUCAUUGUUUUUGUUGUUAAAAAACUGCAUUUUUGCACCAUAAAUCACAUUUGACAUUUUUUUAUGUGAUCAUGCCACCUAUUUUAUGCAUACAUUCCAUAUGUGACCACUAGAUGGCACUGCAUAGGAGCAUUUUUAGAUUUAAAUUGGUGAACGCCCUAAAACAUGAGGCCCGUGGGCUGAAACCGGCCCACAAGAGGCUCCAAUCUGGAAAAACAUGGACUUGUUAAGAGUAGCAGAUACAUCAUAACCCUGAGGUCCGAGCUGAGAGUUUGCUGAUGCUGCCAUGAUAGCUAACAAGCUAGCAGUGAGCCAGUGAGUGAGUUUGCAAAAAACUGGCUUUAUGUUGUCAUUGUACUAAUCUUUGAUGACAAUUGUUUGUUUUUUUUGCAAACAUUGACAUUUUCCAUGUUGCAUUCUCCACUAAAACUAAAACGUGUUUGACAUCCCUGCUCUAAAAUCUGUUUUUAUCUUAGUGAAUGUAAUAAAACGGUUCCAACACUAAUGCAAAGACUGUAGCGUUUUAAAAACAUUCCACCUCCAUUGAAAACAUGACCAAAGUCAGCCGUUCACCGAACUCCUUUAUGUAAAGACGGUACAACCGCUGACCGAAGUGCCACUGGCGUUGCUCAUAAGAAAGCACCCUUUUGUUGAUUUUUUUUUUUUUUUUUUGUGUGUGUCAUGAUAAAAUAAUGCCAAAGCUGUGGGCUGUAACACUGUGUCAGGAGCUGCUCCGCCUCCUCCAGCCUUAUCCACUUAUCUACUGUACUGAUGUUUCACUUUUUCCUGAAUGAAGAUUUAGUUUGACUUUUUUUUUUUCUAUAGACCUUGAAUAUGUUAUUGUAUUUAACUGGCGUAUUGCAGGAGACGGUAGUUUCUCACUGUUAGUAAUGAUCUUUCCUGUGUGCCUCAGAGGUGAGACUAACUUAAUCUGCUGUAUUUCUGUCUACGUGAUAAUCCAGGAAUGAUCUGUACUUUGAAUAAACAUCGAUCAAC